AUGGGUGACAGAAGAUUCAUUGACUUUCAAUUUCAAGAUUUAAAUUCAAGCCUCAGACCCAGGUUGGGUAAUGCUACUGCCAAUAAUACUUGCAUUGUUGAUGAUUCCUUCAAGUAUAAUCUGAAUGGUGCUGUCUACAGUGUUGUAUUCAUCCUGGGUCUGAUAACCAACAGUGCCUCUCUGUUUGUCUUCUGCUUCCGUAUGAAAAUGAGAAGUGAGACUGCUAUUUUCAUCACCAAUCUGGCCCUUUCUGAUUUGCUCUUUGUCUGCACGCUACCUUUCAAAAUAUUUUAUAAUUUCAACCGCCACUGGCCUUUUGGUGACACCCUCUGCAAGAUCUCUGGGACUGCAUUCCUUACCAACAUCUAUGGGAGCAUGCUUUUUCUCACCUGUAUUAGUGUGGAUCGUUUUCUGGCUAUUGUCUAUCCCUUCCGAUCACGUACCAUUAGGACCAGGAAGAAUUCUGCCAUUGUGUGUGCUGGUGUUUGGAUCCUAGUCCUCAGUGGUGGUAUUUCAGCUUCUUUGUUCUCCACCACUAAUGUCAACAAUGCAACCACCACAUGCUUUGAAGGCUUCUCCAAACAUGUUUGGAAGAUUUAUUUGUCCAAGAUCACCAUAUUUAUUGAAGUAGUUGGGUUCAUCAUUCCUCUGAUACUGAAUGUCUCUUGCUCUUCUGUGGUGCUAAGAACCCUUCGCAAACCUGCUACUCUGUCUCAAAUUGGAACCAAUAAGAAAAAAGUGCUGAAGAUGAUCACAGUGCAUAUGGCAGUCUUUGUGGUAUGCUUUGUUCCCUAUAACUCUGUCCUCUUCCUGUAUGCCCUGGUGCGCUCCCAAGCCAUUACCAAUUGCUUGUUAGAAAUAUUUGCAAAGAUCAUGUACCCAAUCACCUUGUGCCUUGCAACUCUGAACUGUUGCUUUGACCCUUUCAUCUAUUACUUUACCCUUGAGUCCUUUCAGAAGUCCUUCUACAUCAAUACCCCAAUCAGGAUGGAAUCCCUAUUUAAGACUGAAACACCUCUAACCAUAAAGCCUUCCCUUCCAGCUAUUCAAGAGGAGAUUAGUGAUCAAACAACCCAUAAUGGUGGUGAAUUAAUGCUAGAAUCCACCUUCUAG